AUGCCCGAACAAAGCAACGAACCCCACGCCAUCGACCUACUCUCCCGCAUAGCAGCCCUCCUGCAAAGGGUCGCAAGCAAUCUCCAGCACAACCACGUAGAUCGGAACGCCAUCCAGGCGCUCCUCCUCAAGUACGCCUCGCACGCCGAAUCCGACGGCCACCUCAUCAACGCCUCACAACUGGACUCACAAUGCGUCGAACACGGCGUAUUCCUCUCCUACGUGCACGUCGAGUUGCUCUCCUGGCUAACAAAGCACAACUACACCAUCCCUGCCUCCGCCGUGAAGUGGUACAGCUGGCGCAAGCUAGUUUCGGCCAACAACCGUCUCCCGUCGCUAUUUUCUGUCCGUGCGCACAAGAGGCAAUUGGAGGAACUGGUGCAGAAUGUGGCGCGCAAGGCGGAUCUGCUGCAAGCGGAUCUGCGAGCUCAUGAAGUUGAGAUUCCAGCUGUUGCGAUUGAUUCUCGGCGGGUGACGCCUCAUGCGCCGCAGGGAACACCGCCAGAAGCUCUGCAUAAACUGCUGCAUCGCGCGGUGCUGGCUGAGGUGCAGCUCCGGGAGGGUAGGGUACCAUGA